AGUAAUUUCAAUUUUUGUUCAGUCAAAAUCGUUCAAAACCAACUUCAGUGAGGAUCCUACAAAUUAGAAAUUUAUCUCCAAUUUUCAAUUAAUAAUCUAUUCAAUUCUGGUACUCAGGUUAUUUUGGAAUAAAUUUUCCAUAAAUGGCACCUAUAACAAAAUUCCAAAUCCUUAAGCUAUUGCGUGACGUUGGAACACCCGCAUCUCUCAAAAGAUUAGUUCAAUUAGCGCUCCGUAGGAAUUGGAGCCCUCUUGAGAUGUAUCUUGCUUUAAGGCAGGGAGUUUAUAAAAAAUACAUCAAGUACAAUAAUGGUUAUUACUACAGUGUUGAAGACAUGGCAAGGCACUCUAGACCAAUUCGUAUGGAGAUGAGUAAAGGAUUAGAUGUACCAUUCAUGUCUGUUACAAAUAGUGAAAGCGAAUUUUGCACCUGCAAUGAAGUUCAAUCCAGUAUGAAGCGCACUUCAACAUAUGAGCAUAAAGCAGAUAGUGAUGAGGUGGGUUCUAACUCUUCUGGGGCUGAUUGCAAUGAAGAGCUUAAACUACUUAGAAAACGAAAACGUAGUGCUUCAAAAGAUGAAAAACUUGUUAAGCACCAACGCCAGCUAUAAUUAUAUAGCAAAAAUUGGAAAUAUAUCUGGGGUUUUUUAAAUCACGUUUACGCAGGAACAUAUUUUUGUAAAAAUUUGUCAGCUAUUUGUCUUUUUUUACCUAGAUAUAUUUUAAACAAUAA